AUGUCUCUUCUCCACAAUGAAGACUUCACCAUCUGGCAAUUACGCUCGAACUACCUCUCUACGAUUAAAGACGGCAUCGGAGAUCGUUUGAUCAAUGUUAACAAUUCUGUCCUCAAUACUCCUGGAUUCCGCGCCGCGGGCUGGUCCACUGCAACAACAUCCCACGUGAAACGCACCCACUCUCCUCCGAUUCCAACCACAGCAGCCGUCUCCUCAGAAUACUACCGCCUAGCCGUACGAGAUGCGAAUGCGGCGAGGAAUGAACUACAAGGCCUCGGCCUGGAAGACGGCGAGGAUGACGAGGGGGGCAUGGUGACUGGCAAAAGUCAGAUGGAGAUUACAGGGCGACGACAUCAUGCGCGAACCGGGAAGAAGAAGGGCAGACGGGAUCGCCAUCAGGAAAAUCAGCGCCACCCUGAAGAGGACGACGACGAUAGUAGUGAUUUGAGUGAUGAUAGCGACGAAGACGGGGAUAACAUGCAAAGUGGUGCCGAACAGAUCAAGUUUACCAGGAUGCCGGUUCGCCGGGACCGAGCUGACUCUUCGCCUAUCCGCUCGAGUGAACAGCGUGAACGACCGGAGGUUAUGAUAACAUCACCUUCCACUCAGAAUGUGGCAGGCCAUUAUCGAACAGGGUCGCUGGGCACGACAAUGCCGAAUAAGGAGCAAAGGCCGCGGCGAGAUACGACAACAAGCAGUGAUUUGUCUACCGACAACGAAAUCGAGACGCAUGGAUUUAAGCCAGGACAGGUUCAAUUCUCCACUACAGAUCAAGUGGUUGAGCGUCCUCGAAGGCGACGUGAGAGAACAGGCAGUCGAGGAGCUGAUAGUAUCAUGCUCGAAGACUUGCAUGAGCAAGAUGAGGACUCGGGUGCCGAAUCUGCUGGCUCUGCUCUGUCCUCGGAAUUCGACGCCACAGCCGGUUCGGGCUCGCUAUUGUUGAUCGGGGUGGGCAUGACGGGCCCUCUGGAUUCAUCCUCACCAAUGGCCCUAAUGCACAAGUUGCCUAGUGGAACUGGACCAAGUGGCAAUGCCUCACCACGGAAAUAUAAAACGCCAGGCCCAGAAUUGCAAGAGCUUCCACCUCCGCGACCGAUCAGCAUAGUCCAGCCAGUCAGCUUGUUGACGAAACAGCUCAAGUCCCGCAAACGUGCACCGAGUAAUCCGGUUGAGAAGUUCAUGGUUCUUUCUGGACGAGGUCUGGAUGAUCCAUUGUAUCUGAAGAUUUACCUUCCCUUUUCAUCGGAUCCUGAGGAGCCAAUCGACCUACCAGUCAUUCGAGAGUCCAAGCUUUUCUCACAUCCUGCUCCGAUCACAGUUGCGGAGACGAUUGGUCUUGCUCUCUGGAAAUACUCUGAAGAUUCACGUGAACCAAAGAUCGACCGAAAAAAGUUGACUGUGAAUCGAUGGGCUCUUCGCAUGGUUGACGAUGGAGAGGUUGAGUAUGACUUCCCGGCGCUUUCGCGGAACCUUCCCAUGACGGACUUUACUUCGAACAACAACCAAGCAGCAAAGGCACGAGGACGCUCACGAGGCAAACCGUACGAUGAGUUUGCUUUGGUAGAGGCUUCCAAGGCUGAGUAUGAAGAAAAUGAACGAUCAUACCCGCAGUAUAGCCAGUAUAUCGAGCCUGAGGAACCCGAACAGCAGACGAAUCUUGCUGUUCCAGCAGCUAUUCCCGCUCAGCCUGCUCCGUCGGCGAAGUCGAUUGUGGGCCGCGUGAAUCCUAUCUUGGGCCAGCCAUUCUCGUCCGCUCUCAAUGAUAACACAUUGACCCCGGCAGACCGGCCUGCAGUUCCCGUUUCUCAUGCCACUCCUCGACUCGGUGUCUCUAAGACUCUUAAAAUCCGCUACAUCAACCUGGAGGCUUCGGCUCAUGUCAUGACCCUGAACACAUCCUCUGACAGUUAUAUCGCGGAGAUUUUGGACUCUGUGUGCAAACGCUGGGGCCUGGACAAGGGGAAUUAUCUUCUCAAGGUGAUGGGAUCGAACACCAUCGCACCGCUGGACCGCACUGUCGAGGCGCUAGGGAACAUUACCGAACUCGACCUUGUUCGUCGCCGAUUUGGCGUCGGUCCUCUUGCCAUGGGCGGCUCACCAGGCAGCUCUUCACCGAAUGCGCCCUUGAUGGUGGACAGCAACAAGCCCGCAGCGGUCAAGAAAGGAAAGAAGAGUAAUCUACCUUCAUCCUCGCAGAAACAAGACCUCAUCGGCGGAUACUACCGACGAUACCAUGUCUUCCGCAAGCAAUCCAUGUCAUUCACCACCUCGAACCAUCGCAUCCUUACCUUUGACAACGACUACAUGCACAUCAUGCCAGGCGACACUGGAAAGACAGUCUCCAAUGCCAAGACCCGCUCGAUCAACUUCAGUGAAGUGGUCGGCUCCAAGGUUAGCCAGCGACAUCCCAAGAGUUUCCGGGUUGUGGUUUUGCGUGGCAACGAUGCCACGGAACAGAAGCGCUAUGACUUUGAGGCGCGGAAUGCGUUGGAGGCUAUUGAGAUUGUUGAUGAGAUUAAGAAGAACAUGCAGCAGUAUCGACCUUGA